GUUUCAUUGGUUUGUUGCGAGCACGGUCACUUCCGGUUAUGAAUCCGUUCCAACUAAAUAAAACAAGUUAAAGUCCGGACACAUUUCUCAAAAUGAUGGAGGUUCAGGAUGAGAGAAGCCCCCUCUUAAAGUCGGAGUCCCGCAGCGAAGACACAUUAGUUGAGACACUGCCGGAAAAUCGAAGCCGCUGGAGAUCAAUCCGGAUCAUGUAUAUUACUAUGUUCCUCAGUAGUAUAGGUUUCUCGAUUGUCAUAUCUUCAAUAUGGCCAUUUCUUCAAAAGGUGGAUAAAACUGCAGAUACUAGUUUCCUUGGAUGGGUCAUUGCUGCUUACAGCCUGGGACAGAUGAUUGCGUCUCCAUUGUUUGGUGCAUGGUCUAAUUACAGACCAAGAAGGGAACCACUUAUUGUAUCAAUUUUUAUUAACGUCGCUGCAAAUGUACUUUAUGGCUAUGUACAUGCCUUUCCAUCACAUAAUAAAUACUAUAUGCUGCUUAGUCGGGCUUUUAUUGGAUUUGGAGCAGGAAAUGUUGCUGUUGUACGAUCAUAUGUUGCUGGUGCAACUUCACUUCAGGAAAGGACUACUGCUAUGGCAAAUAUUAGUGCUAGUCAGGCACUAGGCUUUAUACUUGGGCCAGCUUUACAGGCUGGUAUGACAAGCAUUGGACAAACAGGAGUGUCUUGGAAUUUAAUUGACCUUGAGCUGAACAUGUAUACUGCCCCGGCAUUCUUUGGAGCCUUCCUAGGUGUUGCAAAUAUCGUACUUAUUGUUGCUUUAUUCAGGGAGCAUUGUGUUAUUGAUUUGGAUAGAAUGAAAAGUAUAAAUGGCAAUAUCCAAGGAAGUUCUGAGGUGCUUGAAAAUUCCUAUGAUAGCAUUGAUUUGAUUGCAGUGGUGUCGUCCAACAUUCUGUUCUUCGUCAUCCUAUUCGUCUUUGCUAUCUUUGAAACGAUAGCAACCCCAUUAACCAUGGAUAUGUAUGCAUGGACUGGAAAGCAGGCAGUCCUGUACAAUGGAAUUUUACUGGUGGGCGUUGGUGUAGAAUCCAUUGUUGUUUUUAUGACAACAAAAUUUCUUUCGAAAAGAUUUGAGGAUCGUUUGUUGCUGCUUGGAGGAUUUGUUAUAAUUUUCCUUGGGUUCUUUGUUUUGCUGCCAUGGGGAAAUCAGUACCCUCCAAUCCAGUGGACAGAGAUUAAGAAUCCUUCCAAUUACAAUUCUGCUGAAAUGAAGUAUAAUGAGUCAUCCAUAAUUACGUGGAAUUUCUUAACACAAGCUUCAUUGUACUUCAAUGCUGAGAGAAUAGGUUGUCCUGUGCAGCAGGUGUGGUGUCAGCAUACUCCUAUCAUCCAUCUAGUUCAGUACAUCCUUUCUGCAGUACUGAUUGGAAUGGGGUACCCGGUUUGUAACGUCAUGACUUAUACAUUGUAUUCAAAACUUCUUGGACCAAAGCCUCAGGGUGUUUAUAUGGGCUGGCUAACAGCUGCUGGGAGUGGAGCACGCACACUUGGACCUGUGUUCGUUAGUCAAGUUUACACUCAUUAUGGACCUCGAUGGACAUUUGGCCCCAUUUGUGGGAUUGUGAUGGCAGCUAUAAUACUGAUGGGUCUGAUAUACAACAGACUGUUAGGAUUCUCAAUCCACUAUCAGAGACUGCAAUAAUGAUGGGCCAAAAAAAAAUUUUUUCCAAGGCUAAAAACAAAACUGAUGAAACCUAACUGAUUGCACUUUAUAUUUUAUAGGGACUUGUACUGCAGAUGUUAUUUUCACUUUGCAUAUUGUUGCGACUUACUUAACUGCUUCUAAUUAAAAAAUGGAUUUAUCAUACAUAA